AAAAGCAACACCUAUCAAUGAAUUCUUAUUUCGGGUGCACCUAGUUAAAAUAUGUAACAAUAGUUUUAGCUCAAUAUAAGUAUCAAUAUAAUAGGGAAUAAAAACGAAAAUUUCUAAUUUCAUGUUUUCCUCAUGUAGAUAAAAAUGUGUGAUAUUGAUAAUAAUUUAUGUAAUCAAAAUCUUUACGAGAUGAAAGAGCUGCCACCCGUAAAGUCCUCUUUUAAUGCUUAAUAAUUGAAGACUUCAACCAAAACAAUGAUGUUAUCGCUUCAGUAGUUCAGCAACAAAAUACAACACGCCAGUCUGUUAAAUCAUUAAAAUGUCUAAUAGACCGCAUUCGAAAUCCCGAAUUAAAAUUUGUAAUAGACCUGUGUUUCAUCUUCAAGACAAAAAGGCGGACGAAAAUGAAUUAUCAAUGGGUUUGAUUAAAUCAGCGAAGAGGACCGGACAACUCAGUUUAAGCAAUAGGGGACUGGGGACAGUACCAGAUAAUGUUUGGAAAAUUGAUGACUUAGUGUUGGAUGAAACAAAAGAAGUAGACUUUUCGAGAUCUGACAACAACCAGUGGUGGAAUGCAGAGCCUCUCAAAACCCUUGACCUUAGUUCCAAUGCAAUAAAAGUAAUAUCACCCAAUGUCAAGUUUCUGCAGCAUAUUGUAAACCUCAAGCUCCAUGAUAAUGCCAUUACCAGUCUUCCAGCGGAAUUUGGGGAGUUAAAAAGCUUGAUGAGUCUGAGCAUAUCUCACAACAAGUUAACCACGCUACCUAUUGAGUUUUACAAGCUCACUGACUUGCGUUGGCUGAGUAUAUCCCAUAAUGCUCUGGCUAAAAUUGAACCUGAUUUUGGGGAUCUGGUGAUGCUGAACUUUCUGGAUCUAUCUCAUAAUAAACUGGCAAUGCUACCACCAGGGAUGGGCUAUUUGGUUAGAUUAGUGGAACUGAAUCUAUCACACAAUGAGCUCCAAGAAUUGCCACCUGACAUUGUAAACCUUCGAGACUUGAAAAAAUUGAACAUCAGUAAUAAUAGUUUGAAGAAGCUUCCUCCAUUGGGUGAAUUGAGGAAAAUGGAAAUAUUAGACGCGAAUCAUAACGACAUAGAAGAACUACCCGACUUUUACGGGUGCACGGCCCUAAAAGAAUUAUAUCUGGCUAACAAUUUCAUUAAGGAAAUCACCGAAGAGUUUUGCGAUCAGAUGCAGCACCUCAAUGUCUUGAACAUAAGAGACAACAAAGUAGAAGUGUUACCCGAGAACAUAUCACUCUUACAGAAACUCAAACGGCUUGACCUUACUAAUAACAAUUUAAAUAAGCUACCAAGAAACCUAGGUCUGCUCUCUCAACUACAAAGCAUCAACAUGGAGGGCAACAAGCUGUCGUUUGUGAGGCAGGACGUGAUCCGCGGCGGCACGGAGCGGAUGAUGAAGUUCCUGCGCGAUCGCAUUACUGAAGAGGUCGUCAAUGAAACACGAUACACUCCCGAUGAUUGGCCUGAUAAGUACACUCUCAAGAAAAGCCAAGCAUUGAUGGUGGCGGGGCGAGAGCUGACGAACGUUCCCGAACACGUGUUUAGUGCCGCCGCGGACGCUGAAGUCCAUAUUGUGGACUUCUCCAAAAACAAGCUGACGUCGAUACCGACUGGUGUCGCGCGUAUUAGUGACACGCUAUCGCAGCUGAUGUUGUGUUCUAACAACAUAUCGAGUAUUCCGCCUGAAAUCAGUUCCUGUCGUCAUCUGCAAUACCUCGACUUGGGCAAGAACAAUCUCGACUCGCUGCCGCAGGAAGUGGGCGAUCUCAAGAACUUGAGGGAACUAGUCAUUUCUAAUAAUAAGUUUACCAAAAUCCCGCGCUGUGUAUACGAGUUGGAAAACCUGGAGAUAUUGCUGGCUGCCGAGAAUAAGAUCGAUGAGAUCAACGUGUCGUCUGACGCUCUCGCCAAGCUGAAGAAGUUGGCUGUACUGGACCUGGCCAACAAUAAUAUCGUCACCGUACCUCCGGAACUGGGGAACUUUACACAUCUCAGGACCCUGGAGUUGAUGGGCAACUGCUUCCGCCAGCCGCGUCACGCGAUCCUCGCUAAGGGCACCGCCUCCCUACUCUCUUACCUAAGAGACCGCAUACCCACCAAUUAGCUUUAGUCGAUUUUAUGGCUUUACACAUAAAACUUACUAAAUAUGGUUCUGUUAGUUCAAAGUGAUGUCACAAACAACCAAAAAAUAACAAGCGCCCUGUUGUCUCCAGUACGCACGUUUGAUAUGCAAUUUUUACUAAAGCCGAAAUAUAUUCAAUUAAGCUUUCUUGAAUAAAGCCAAAAUAAUGUUCCAAAUUACUAUUACUUACUUACGCACAAUUUUUAAGACAUGUUUCCUGGAGUACAGGGCCGGUAUAAUUUCAAAAAAGGUGUAUACUUUUUCGGAAAUUGUAAACCAUUUACAAAUGGUUUAUACACUUUAAAGUACAAGUAUUUCAUAGGUUUUCUGUUACUCGUUGUGAACAUUUUAGUUAUAAAUUGAGUAUGUUUUGACACGCUUACUCUACAAUUAACUUUCACGACCAUUUUUAGUAGGUGCACCAAGUCAAGAGUGUUGCCAUACAAAACGCAGUCAGCUUGCAAAAGCCAAAUAUUUACAUUUUUUUUCGCGUACCUGAUUACGGUCAUCGUAAAUCCUUUUUUUUCAGUGAUUAUUGUUGUCUAUUGGUUAUUAUUUUAUAUUAUUUUGUUGUUAUUUUGGAAACAUUAUGUUAAUAAAUUAUUUCACUAACAUUGUUGUAGUAACCACAUUUAACAGAUAUUAUAGAAUAUGGGUUGUGAGAUUUUCAGUAUGUUAUAAAUAUCAUGAAAUUGUUUAUAAUGAUAAGUAACGAAAAGUAUUUACAAUGGGUCGAAAGGAGAGCACUCAUCUCUUUGCCAAACGUAAGGAUAUAUUUAAUAUUUUUGGAAAUGUUAUUUUAAUGUAGCUAUGAAUCGUUGCAUAAUGGAAUGAAUGUUUACAAGAGGCUCUGUUAUUGUCUUUCUAACUGCGUCAAUCACUAAUGGUACAACCACGUUUGCUGUUGAACUUAGAAGUAGCGAUAAAUUAAACAUAGAAUAGAAAGAAAAUUCAAUUUAAAAAUGUGUAACCAAUACUAAUUUCCAUAGCCAGAAGUUUAUAAGAAAUCCCUUUAACAAGUUGUUAAUUCAGCCAAAGUAUUGUUACAAGUACCUGAAAUUUAUUUUUUUAAACUUACACGGCCUUUUUUGUUGGCAGCUUGAGAGCAUGAGUAAUAUAGUUUGUAUACAAACAUAUUAAGCACAAGUUUGUUGAGAAAUUCACGAGCACAAUAUUAUAGAAAUAGAAAUCUUUGAGCAUAUCGCGAGAUUAUGAAAUAUAUGCUUUGAAAUGA